AUGGAGCAUCAUUAAUACAUAGAAAAAAUAACAGAGGAGAGAAGGAUUCGAGAUGAAUAGUAAAAUUUUAAUUUAGGUUCCUAAGACGCAAACAAAGACUCUUGGAAGAAGAGAAAAUCAAAUAACUAUCGCUUUAGCAAUUAGAGACAAUUAAAUUAUAAUAAUUAAAGGAACUUUAAGAUUCAAGGAGAUUGUAAUCAAAAUUAAAUAUGUCAUUUAUUUAAUUGAAGUCAGAUGAACGAACAUAAAAGGUAAAGGAAUAAAAUAAAAGAGUCAAAUAAUUAUUAGAGUAAUUUAGAAGAGAAAAGUAAGAAUAGGAGAUUAAGCAAAAGUUAUUUGAAUAGCAGAGAGAAGAAGAAGUGAAAUAAAAGCUACUAUAAAUAAAGGAGAAAUUUAAAUUAUUAUCAGCAGAUGAAAUAAAGGAGCACUAAAAUAAAUAUAAGAAAUAUUAAGAGGAGCAUUAAUAAUAAUUGACAAUUUUGAGAGAUCAAAAGAAAUUAUAGGACACCUACUUUUCUCAAUAAGUCUAAUCUAGAUUAAGAAGCAGAACCUAUCAAGCUUAAAUAGAAAUGAUGAAAGAGGAAGAAUAAAAAAGAAAGGAAAAUGAGGACAGAUUGAGAAGACAAAUUAAAGAAAGAUUUGCUUAUGAUCACUUUGUAAAAGAACACUUCUUGCCAAAAGUAUCUCAGAGCAUUGAUUUAACAAGCUAAACAAUUAUUAAUCAAAAAUCGAACAAUCUAAUUCCUUAGAUAAAUAGCGACUCUAAAGUUCUGGGGAAUUUGUAUUUGAGACAAAUAAGAAAAUUGCCUAAAAGACCUAGAAUUAAAUCAUAAGCUGGUGCUGAAUAAUCAUCUUCAUCUACAAUAAAACGAGACUAUUUAUCUGAGAUUCGAUAAUAUUCAAAAAGAAAGACCCCUUAGACUCCCCUUGAUAUUAAAUUUUAAGCUGAAAGGUAUAUAAAUAAUCUUAAAUAUUAAAGAUUAGAAAGAGAGUCUAAAUAAGCAUACACAAAAAAUAAAUUAAAAGGUGAUAAACUUCUAAUGGAAUCAAUAAAGUAAAAAAUGCUCUUAUUAGAAUUAUGA